CUCUCUCUCUCUCUCUCUAUAUAUAUAUAUAUAUAUACCUUCACAUAUUCCUUUCUUCUCUUUUCUUCUUCCUCCUCUUCCCCUCGAUCCACCACCAUAAAAAUGAUCAUCAGCUGAACUCGAAACUAAAGCGGAGAUUAAUCCGUCGUUGGAGCUCUAAGGCAAAAGAGGAGAGAAAGAGAAAGGUGGAUCGAAGGCAUGGGAAGAGGCCUCUCCCUUCCAGUGAGCCGGAAGAGAAAGAGGAAGAGCGCGUUCGCUACACCGCGGCGCGCGCGGAUCAGGACGCGUCGGCCAUGGUGUCGGCUCUCGCGCAUGUGAUCAGCUCGAGCUUGUCGGGGGUGGGAGUGGGAGUGGGAAGGAGCGAGUCUGUGGUGAUUCAGUCCGAGUUGAACCCAGCCAUGGCCGGACCGGAGUCGGGAAGCAUGGAGAGAGAGCUCAGCCAGCCUUCAGAAGAGCAAGGGAAUGUGAGGAGGAGACACUACAGGGGAGUGAGGCAAAGGCCAUGGGGGAAAUGGGCCGCAGAGAUAAGGGACCCCAGGAAGGCAGCGCGAGUAUGGCUAGGGACCUACAACACGGCCGAAGAAGCCGCCAUAGCCUACGAUGAGGCAGCCCUGAGGUUCAAAGGCACCAAGGCCAAGCUCAAUUUUCCCGAGAGAGUCCAAGGCCGGACUGACCUCGGCUUCUUAGUCAGCAGGGGGAUCCCAGAGCGACCGCCCCAGCCCAUCACCCCACCGCCGACAGCAUCAUACCCUGACCUCCUUCAGUAUGCUCAGCUCCUCCAAAGUAGAGAUGAGGACCUGCACAGUGUGGCAUCGGGGCUCUUCGUUACAGACUCUUUCACCUCGGGGUCUUCUCAAGUGUCAUAUCAUUCCACGUCAGGCUCCUCGCAAGAGUUUUUGGAUUUCUUUUCGCAGAUGAGGAGCUCUUCUUCCUCUAGCUCAAGGCAGCCUCGUGGAGACCAGAAGGAUAAAGACAGCAACCAGCAGCAGUGAGACUGCUGACCAACGUGUUUGAGAUGGUGCAACGGUGAGAGGGGUGAGAAGGAUGGGACCAUGGGUAAGUGACGAUUUGUUUUUGUGGUUAUUUUAUUUGUUUGAUUCUGUUUUCUCGAACUUUUGGAGUGUUAUUGUAGUAGAAUGCAAGUGCAAUUCCAAAAAGCAAAAGAGGAACCAAAAGAGAGAGAAUGAUAGUGUGAGGGGGCCUCUUAGUGUUUUGCCAUGGGCUUUUUCUUUGGUUUGUUGCUUAUCCUUUCCAUGGUUCUUUGCUGUCUUUAAAGUAAUAAGAAUCCAUCUUUUCAGCAACAA